CUGUUAGUCGCUUUGGCUCCUGUUUACCAGUUUACUCCGCGGUAAUGAUGAAGAUCCUGUUUCUGAUCCCAGUUUGCCUGAGCCUGAUUCUCAGCAGCUGCGCACAGAGGCCCGAACCCUGCAAGUCUCCACCCUUGCUAGAGGGGGCGCUGACCGCAUUUAUCCCAGGGCAACACUUACGUGUUUUUGAGAAAUUCUCCUAUGAUGCCUUUGGACAAAAUGUCCGAGUUCUAGCAUCUGGGAAAGAUGGCAGCGAGACCUUCUUUGUAGACAGGCUUCUGCUCUUUAGAGAGGGGGUCAGCUAUGAGAUCCACUACCGCAACCAAACUUGUAUUAAGACUGCAUUAAAGGUACCAUUCAGACAUAUUGGGAUUCCCCAUGAUGCCCAUUUCCUGACUCAAAUGGUCUUGGGCAGCAGCUCUAUUCUAGGACAAGGAUUGCUCGUCAAUAACUGGAAUGGAACAGCGCAGGAAACAAAAGAAAACUACCUACUGACCUUCACUGCGUUUGGCUGCGUGCCUCUCUACACCAUUGAUUUCACACAGAAAGGGGAAUUGUCUGUCAUGACAAGCUUCUUUGACCUAGUGGAGGGAAUAGAGGACCCAAAUGUCUUCAUCCCACCUUCAUUCUGUGAUUCUGUGGAAGUGCUGCCGGCCAAAGAAGGUGUCAUGACAAACUCCUUCAUCGGUCUUCUCUAAGAGGAACAAUGUGUAUGUGUUUCAGUGCAUGUCUAGCUUAAAUUGCAGCAUGGAUGCACAAUUUUAAACCUACGCACAUUAAACAAUGUGACUAUGAAAACUA